AUGAUUAAGAGUUUGAUCAAUACCAUUAGCUCCACCGAACUAUCAUCUAACAUCAGAGCCAAAGCCAGCAGCGAUCUACUGUUACUUCAAUCUGAAGAACAUUCUUUUCGUGACUCCAUACGCAAGAUGAACCAGCAACUCCAUGGUGAAGUUCCAUCUAAAAUGCUCACUGCCAAACUUGCUCAAUCCAAGAAAGACUCAUCCAUACCUGGGCUGUACAGAAGUAAUAAAUCCGUUACUUCCGACAUCGACGAGAUGACUACACUUCAGAAAGUCGUACCCCACUUAUUUCAGUUUUUACAAAUUUGGAAAAAUAAAAAAUGA